AGAGAGAGGAGACAAUUAACAACUUAGCUUGUCUGGUAAAUCUUCAAGUUCUUCCAACCAUUACAAUUUACAACUUUCUAUCUUCCACCACCACUUCACUUACAUUGAUCAAAGUGAUGAUGGGAAGAACAGGAAGCAGUGAUGAAAGUGGAUUGAAGAAGGGGCCAUGGACACCAGAAGAGGACAAGAUAUUGGUUGAUUACAUUCAGAGACAUGGCCAUGGAAGUUGGAGAGCCCUUCCAAAGCUUGCUGGAUUGAACAGAUGCGGCAAGAGUUGCAGAUUAAGGUGGACUAAUUACCUCAGACCUGAUAUCAAACGUGGAAAGUUCUCUGAUGAAGAAGAACAACUCAUCAUCAACUUGCAUGCGGUUCUUGGCAACAAGUGGGCAGCAAUAGCAAGUCAUUUGCCAGGGAGAACAGAUAAUGAAAUAAAGAAUUUCUGGAACACACAUUUGAAAAAGAAGCUUCUUCAAAUGGGAUUAGAUCCAAUGACACACCGUCCAAGAACAGAUCACCUUAAUCUCCUUACCAAUCUCCAACACAUUCUUGCUGCUGCUAACAUUGUCACCACUUUCACAAACCCUAAUCAUCAAAUCAACACUGCUCUAACCCUUCAAAACAUGCUUCAACCCAUGCCUCCUGCACCCUCAAAUUUACUCAAUAAUCUUGGAUCAUCAUUAUCACUGCCAGAUACUCUUCUUUACGAAGGUUUAGGGUUGAAUGUAAAUGACCAUUCUACCCUUCAUAACAUUAUUUAUAAUGCUUCAAAUUCAGCUGCUUCUUCAUCUCAGAAUCAGUUCCAAAACUUUGAUCAACAACAGAUGAUGAUGACGAUGAUGAAUGGUAGCAGAAACAAUAAUAAUAGCAGUAAUUGCAGUGAGUCUCAGAAUUUUGACGAACAAUUUGGUUCAACAAAUGCUACUACUACUACUACAGUCACACCAUCAAGUUCACUUCCAAAUCUGGUUUCAGUUUCAGCCUCACCUGAACGUUCUUCUUCUUCUCCAACCAAGAAUAAUAAUAAUAAUAAUAAUAUUAACAGUAAUUCCACCUUUGAAAUCUGGGGAGAUUUCAUGGAUGUGGAUCCAAAUGAUGCGUAUUGGAAAGAUUUCAUUGACCAACAAUCUAACCAGCCAUGGUCGACAGUCCAAUGAAGAUCACAUAAUUUGAUGUUUAUAAUAUAUAUCAAGGCAAUAAUAAUGGGAUUGUAUCAUUGUUCUGUAGGAUCAACAUAUUGUUUCAUUUAGGUAUAUUAUGUUUCAUAUGUAUUAUUAUUUGACCAUGGAUAUAAUUUUUUUUUUUCUCUUCUAUCUUUUCAUUCACAUUUUAUAGGAACUUCCAUUGUAUAAUGAUACGGACUUG